AGUUUAAUAGACAGAAAGCAGCAGACGUCCGCAGAGUUCAGACGUUUGGUGGAAAUCAUUGGAUUGACAGCGAAAUUUACAUUUAAUCCUAAAGAGGGAAUAGACAACCCAGUGAUGGUCAUCACAGAAGAAGCAGAGCUGGCAUCGACCCCCAGCCCUCGCCUGUGUGUUCUCAAACGAGAGGAGGGGGAGACCUAUGGCUUCCAUCUGCGGGUGGAAAAAGGAUGCGAGGGUCACGUCAUCAGAAACGUGUUGUCAGGAGGGGUGGCAGAGCGCAGUGGCCUAAGGGAUGGAGACAGACUUGUGGAAGUGAACAACUGUUAUGUAGAUGAUAUUUCUCAUCCUGAGGUGGCUGCAAAGAUAAGGAUGAGUGGAAACCAGCUGUGCUUGUUAGUGAUGGAUGGAGAGGAUUAUCAGCAGGCUUUGUCUAAAGGUGACAACCUCAGAGAUUUGGCCCAAAAGCACAAAGGUGAGAACUUCAAAACUCCCCGACUCUGCCACAUCAGGAGGGACCCUGCCUCUGGUCUGGGCAUCAGCUUCACACCAGUGGAAGGAGAGAAAGGCCACUUCUCGGUGAGCCUGGUUGCAGGAGGUGCAGCUGCAAAGGCGGGGGUGUGUAAGGGAGAUCGUCUGGUGUGGAUGGAUGGAGCAGCCGUGGGUGAUCUCUCACACUCCGCACUGAACAGGAUGCUGAAAAAGAGUGGUGACCACAUCACUAUCCUGGUGAUCGACAGUGAGAGUGAGAAGAGCUACCUGAGACAGAGGAGGCCUAUCCUCCCCACCAUGGCUGUUCAACACAACAUGCCUCACGGAGCCAGAAAAUUCCAACUGGUUCCUGGACCUGGGGGAUAUGGAGUCCUGCUGCGGCUGGAAAAGGCGCCAUCAGGACGCACAUCCCAUGUCCUGCGUGAGAUGGAGGAGGGCAGUCCAGCACAGAGAGCGGGUAUGAAGGAUGGAGACAUCCUGCUAGAAGUGAACGGAGAAUCUGUGACAUCUCUGAAUCAUCAGGAGAUCGUACAUAAAGUAAAAGCAAGUGGAGAGCAGGUCUCCUUCACCACCAUCACUCCACAUGGGCUCGAUUUUUACUCUAAGCUGGGUUUAUCCCCUCUUAUUUUCUGUGAGGAUGGUUCUGGUGAGAAGGAAAAAGAGAAUGUGAUGCCAGCUCCAGUAGAAAAAGAAGAAUCACCAGAAAAAGAAGAGAUAGAUGCCUCGAGCACGCUCAGACUCUGUUCGCUCCAAAAAGGCCCGCUGGGGUUUGGCUUUAACCUGAGCUGUGUCCCACAGAGUCCUGGGACCUUCAUCAGCCAGGUGGCGUUUGGUGGCUCUGGGCAGAGUGCAGGGUUAUGUGUAGGUGAUGUAGUACUGGAGGUAAAUGGAAAAAAUGUGGAGGAAAAAUAUCUGGAGGAUGUGAUCAUGCUUAUAAAGGAUGGAGGACAUUUUCUCACCAUGAGAGUCAUGGAUAGAACUACCAGUGAAUUGAAGCAGACUGACACACCAACAAAAGACUCCAGUGAUAGUGAGGAGGAGGACAAAUAUGAAUUAUCAUUUUUAUAAGUGACAGAUACUAUACCCCCACAGUACGUGCCAACAGAGGGCACUUAACACAGCUGGAGGAGAGAACAAUCUUUCAUUGUUGUUAAGAAACUGAACAGGAUUGUGCUAAUCUCAAUCAAGGGUUUAACGAAACAGUAUAUAAGAAUAUACAGAUACUAAAUGAAACUUCAAUAGGGUAAGUUAAACAAAAUACAAAGAAACACUAUUGGUAUUUUUGUGUACAGUUUGUUCAGUAUUAUGCAUCAAGAAAUCAGAAUGAGCACUUUUAGGCGAAAUAAGCUCCAUUAUGAUAAGAUUUCAAUCAAAUGAAAUUCUUUUGUUCUGAUGAACUUGAUAGUCAGCGUCUAUAAGAAAGUCGAAACAUGAGAUAAAAUCUACUGGGAGAUUAUUUUCAUGUCUACACGUGAUCAGUGAAAACAAAAAGGUGGUGGUAAAAGUACAAAAGCAGGCUUUGUUUUCUUUUCGUUAUAUAACAAGUGUUAAAUCUAUUUGGUGAAAAUGUAAGGUUAUGUGUGUUUUUUUAAUGUCAAAAACAUUACGUACAUUUAAAAUGUUCCUGCAGAGAGGUUGAAUGUUUACUAUGAAUGUAGCUGACGUCAAGUACUGAAAUAUUGUAAAUAAAGUUAU